AUGACCGUGAGCCAAUCGCCAAAGAAACAACCACCAACCAUGGCGGCGGCACCCUGCUGCCCGAACUGCGGGACCUCGUUGGAUUCGUCCGAGGUGUCCUCAAACUCGUCCGACCCAACUGCGGCCCUGCUCGCUGCCCAGAAACAGAUUGCCGACUUACAGGCGCAGGUUCGGCUGCUGAACCAAAAGGCCGCCGCGGCCGUCGACCGCUGGGCCGACUACGAAGACGAGCUGACCCGGCUGCGCGCCGCCUCGUCGGCCACCAACACGACCGUCACCACGACGACCACGACCGGGGCCUUGUCGGCAACCACGUCGUCGUCGCAAUACCCGCCCAGAUCGCAUACGCCGUCCCAGUCGCAAGGCGCCCUCUCGACCGCCUCGGCCACGAGCCCGCGCGCCAGCUUCCUCAAUGCUGGCGCGAGCCGCAUCUCGGCGCUCCUGAGCCCACGCAGCAAGGCGGCGGCGGCGGCGCAGCAGCAGCAGCAGAACCUGAACUCGACGGCCGGGGGACCGCGGGCGUCGCUCAGCACGGGCGCGCUCCCGCUCAUGAGCCCCAAAUCCGGUCUCCCGAGCCCGGCGCCCAGCACCGACGACUUGUUGGAAGCGCUGUCGCGAGAGCAAGGGCUGCGCCUGGCCGCCGAGGGCAAGCUGGAUGAAACGUCCAAAGAGGUGGAAGAAUUGUCGGCGACCUUGUUCGAGCAAGCCAACGAGAUGGUCGCUACCGAGCGCAAAGCUCGGGCACGUCUCGAGGAGCGCGUGGAGGUACUGGAGAAGCGAGACGAAGAGAAAAGGAAUCGGCUCGAGAGGCUCGAGGGCGCCAUGGGCCGAAUAGAGAGAGUGAAUCGACUGCUCAAGGACUAA